UAUGAGACCAACAGCAUGGACUUCAAAGUCGGGGCAGACGGGACUGUCUUCGCCACCCGGGAGCUGCAGGUCCCCUCAGAGCAGGUGGCAUUCACGGUGACCGCGUGGGACCGCCAGACGGCUGAGAGAUGGGAUGCUGUGGUGCGGCUGCUGGUGGCUCAGACUCUGUCCCCACACUCCGGACACAAGCCACAGAAAGGAAAGAACAUGGCCCCAGACUCCUCUCCACCCCCGAAGGACACACUACUGCCAUGGCCCCAGCACCACAGCUCCAGCGGACUGAGGAGGCAGAAGCGGGACUGGGUCAUCCCCCCCAUCAACGUGCCAGAGAACUCGCGCGGUCCCUUCCCACAGCAGCUGGUGAGGAUCCGGUCCGACAAAGACAACGACAUCCCCAUCCGCUACAGCAUCACGGGCGUGGGUGCAGACCAGCCCCCCAUGGAGGUCUUCAGCAUCGACUCCAUGUCUGGCCGAAUGUAUGUCACGCGGCCCAUGGACCGGGAGGAGAGAGCCUCUUACCACCUGCGUGCCCAUGCUGUAGACAUGAACGGCAACAAAGUGGAGAACCCCAUCGACCUGCACAUUUAUGUCAUCGACAUGAACGACAACCGGCCCGAGUUCAUCAACCAGGUCUACAAUGGCUCCGUGGAUGAGGGCGCCAAACCAGGCACCUACGUGAUGACUGUGACGGCCAACGACGCUGAUGACAGCACCACGGCCAAUGGGAUGGUGCGCUACCGUAUCGUGACCCAGAGCCCCCAGAGCCCAUCCCAGAACAUGUUCACCAUCAAUAGCGAGACGGGGGACAUUGUCACGGUGGCAGCGGGCCUGGACCGAGAGAAAGUUCAGCAGUAUACAGUCAUCGUGCAGGCCACAGACAUGGAAGGGAAUCUCAACUAUGGUCUCUCGAACACAGCCACAGCCAUCAUCACUGUGACAGACGUGAAUGACAACCCACCAGAAUUCACCACCAGCACGUUUGCAGGGGAGGUCCCUGAAAACCGGGUGGAGACCGUGGUUGCAAACCUCACCGUGAUGGACCGAGAUCAGCCCCACUCACCAAACUGGAAUGCCGUGUACCGCAUCAUCAGCGGGGACCCCUCUGGGCACUUCAGUGUCCGCACAGAUCCUGUCACCAACGAGGGCAUGGUCACUGUGGUGAAGGCGGUCGACUACGAGCUCAACAGGGCCUUCAUGCUGACUGUGAUGGUGUCCAACCAGGCACCCCUGGCCAGUGGGAUCCAGAUGUCUUUCCAGUCCACAGCGGGGGUGACCAUCUCGGUCAUGGACGUCAACGAGGCCCCCUACUUCCCCUCCAACCACAAGCUGAUCCGCCUGGAAGAGGGCGUGCCCGCCGGCACUGUGCUCACCACGUUCUCGGCCGUGGACCCCGACCGGUUCAUGCAGCAGGCCGUGAGAUACUCGAAGCUGUCGGACCCAGCCAACUGGCUGCACAUUAAUGCCACCAAUGGCCAGAUCACCACGGCAGCCGUGCUGGACCGUGAGUCCCUGUACAUCAAGAACAACGUCUAUGAGGCCACCUUCCUGGCAGCCGACAACGGGAUCCCUCCGGCCAGUGGCACCGGGACCCUCCAGAUAUAUCUCAUCGACAUCAACGACAACGCGCCUGAGCUGCUGCCCAAGGAAGCGCAGGUCUGCGAGAAGCCCAGCCUGAACGCCAUCAACAUCACCGCGGCCGAUGCCGAUGUGGACCCCAACGUCGGCCCCUACGUCUUCGAGCUGCCCUUUGUCCCAGCCGCUGUGCGAAGGAACUGGACCAUCACCCGCCUCAAUGGUGACUACGCCCAGCUCAGCCUGCGCAUCCUGUACCUGGAGGCCGGGAUGUAUGAUGUCCCCGUCAUCGUCACAGACUCUGGGAACCCUCCCCUGUCCAAUACAUCCAUCAUCAAAGUCAAGGUGUGCCCAUGUGACGACAACGGCGACUGCACCACCAUUGGCGCGGUGGCCGCUGCAGGGCUGGGCACGGGCGCCAUCGUGGCCAUCCUCAUCUGCAUCGUCAUCCUGCUGACCAUGGUCCUGCUGUUCGUCGUGUGGAUGAAGCGGCGGGAGAAGGAGCGUCACACCAAGCAGCUGCUUAUCGACCCCGAGGAUGACGUGCGCGACAACAUCCUCAAGUAUGACGAGGAGGGCGGUGGUGAGGAGGACCAGGACUACGACCUCAGCCAGCUGCAACAGCCAGAGGCCAUGGAACACGUGCUGGGCAAGGCCCCAGGGGUGCGGCGGGUGGACGAGCGGCCAGUGGGUGCCGAGCCCCAAUACCCCGUCAGGCCCGUGGUGCCGCACCCUGGUGACAUCGGCGACUUCAUCAACGAGGGACUCCGGGCAGCUGACAAUGACCCCACAGCACCCCCCUAUGACUCCCUGCUGGUGUUUGACUACGAAGGUAGCGGGUCCACCGCGGGUUCCGUCAGCUCCCUGAAUUCAUCCAGCUCCGGCGACCAAGACUACGAUUAUCUGAACGACUGGGGACCACGGUUCAAGAAGCUGGCGGACAUGUAUGGAGGCGGCGAGGACUAGCGGACCUCACGUCCUUGGGCCAGAGGAGGGGACUGGACAGAGGCGGCUGGUCUUCCCGGCGCCCACAGCCGUGUCACUAGUGGUGUUAGGAGGUCCCCCCGCCCCCCAUUGAGCUGUCCAGCAUGAAACUCACCCUGCCAGACCCGCCUGCACGCGGCCGCCACCCGCCACGGGCCGGCUGAUCACGGAAGGAAAGCGAGAGGCACUCUGUCUUCACUUGAAUUUCUUAGAACAGAAGCACUGUUUUAAAAAAAAUGAAAGUGCCUUUUGGUACAUGUAUCAGAUUCCCUCA